AUGGCAAGCCCACGAUUCCAAGGAUGGCUCGGCAAGACCCCCGAGUCUGUUAACGGAAAGAUGGAGUGGGGCGACUUCGAGCCCAAGAAGUGGACAGAGGACGAUGUUGACAUUGAGAUCUCCCACUGCGGUAUUUGCGGUAGCGACUUGCACAUGCUCAAAUCUGGCUGGGGAGAGACACCAUACCCCUGCUGUGUCGGCCACGAGAUUGUCGGCAAGGCCGUCAAGGUUGGCAACAACGUAAAGCACGUCAAGGUUGGCGACCGCGUCGGUGUUGGUGCUCAGGCUCGCUCUUGCUUGAAGCCCGACUGUGUGGACUGCAGCAACGGCCUCGAGAACUACUGCGGCAACGGCACCGUCAACACUUACGGCUCCAUCUACCCCGACGAUGAGGGCAAGUCGUACGGUGGGUACGCCGACUACAACCGUACCAAUGGACACUUUGUUAUCCCGAUUCCUGAAGGCAUCAGCUCGGCUGACGCCGCGCCCAUGCUCUGCGGUGGUAUCACCGUCUUCUCCCCCCUACACAAGAACGGCGCCGGCCCUGGCAAGAAGGUCGGUAUCGUCGGAGUGGGUGGUCUAGGACACUUUGGUGUCCUCUUUGCCAAGGCCCUCGGUGCCGACAGAGUGGUCGGAAUCUCGAGAAAGGCUGACAAGAGGGAGGACGUGCUCAAGCUCGGCGCUGACGAGUACAUUGCCACCGACGAUGACAAGGACUGGGUCCAGAAGAACAGACGUUCGCUGGACCUCAUCAUCUGCACCGUCUCGAGCGAGAAGAUGCCUCUCCAGAGCUACCUCAUGAUGCUCAAGACUGAGGGUACCUUCAUCCAAGUUGGUGCUCCUGACGGUGGCAACCUGCCCAACAUCAACGCCUUCACCCUGCUCGGUAACGGUAUCAAGGUCGGUGGUAGCGGAAUCGGCUCUCCCGCUGAGAUCAAGUACAUGUUGAACCUCGCUGCCGAGAAGAAGAUCAAGCCUUGGGUCCAGGAGCGGCCGCUCAAGGAUGCCAACCAGGCCAUUGUCGACAUGGCCGAUGGCAAGGCCCGGUACCGAUAUGUCCUGGUCAACGAGAACUACGGCAAGCACUAA